AUGAAAGUAUGUCAAAAAAGUAUAUUUAAAAAAAAAUUAAUACACCUUUUUUGGAUCUUGACUACAACUGAUGUCAAGAAACUAUCUUUUGAAUACAAAAAAAAUGAAUUUAAUACAAAUUGUAUUUCUUUAAAUGUUACAUAUAAAAAUUUGGAGAAUACUUCUUUGGAAGAUAAUUUAAUAAAAUCAAGUAAUAAUCAUUGUUCAUCUUUGUCAACAAAAUUCAAUAGACAUUCAAAUUUUAAAAAUUUAGAGAACAUUGAAAAUGAUUCAACUUUAUCUGAUUUAAUGUCUUGUAGAUUUGUAAACUCUCAAAUAAAAUGUGAUGGAAAUUGUAACAAAGUAAAUUCUAAAAGAAAAAUGAAAGUAUUUGGUAUUUGUGAUCAUGUAAUUUGUAAAAAUUGCCGUGAUCAGUAUAAAUAUGUUUUCAAGAUGUUUAACCUUAAACCCUCUUGUACUAAUUUACAAUGCUUAACAAGUGUCUUGAUGACCAUAUUAAAAGAAAAAAAUGAACACUUUUUUCAAGAAUGUUGUAAACUUUAUAACAAUGAAGAUUAUAAAAAAAUAUUGAAAAAGAUAAAUAAUAUCUACAAAGAAAAACUUUUAUAA